AUGGUCACCCAUGUUCAUCGCGACAACUUUCACGCCGGUCCACAAGCUCUAGUUUCCCUGGUUCAACAGCAGUUUUGGAUAACUAAUCGUCGAUCAUUAGCCAGACAAAUAGUUCAACAGUGCAUUCAUUGUACUCGGUACAAACCUAAGUUACUUACACAAGUGAUGGGAAAUCUACCUAAGGAUCGUGUUUCAGGCUCUCGUCCAUUUCAAAUUGUUAGAGUUGAUUUUGCUGGCCCGAUAUCAACUUAUUUACGUAUUCGAGGGAAACGCCCAUACAAGUCUUACAUAGCUGUCUUCGUCUGUUUUUCAUCAAAGGCUGUUCACCUGGAAGCUGUUUCAGAUCUGUCCAGUGAUGCUUUUAUAGCCGCUCUAAAGCGUUUUGUUGGCCGCAGAGGCCUACCUUCAAAAAUAUUCUGCGACAAUGAAACAAAUUUUGUAGGCUCACAGUCAAGGCUAAGAAAAUUUUAUAAUUAUUUUUGUAAAGAGUCCACAAACUCAGACAUUAUCUCAUAUGCAGCGUCAAACUUAAUCGAAUUUAGCUUUAUUCCUCCGCGAGCCCCACACUUUGGAGGAUUGUGGGAGGCAGCUGUUAAAACAGCUAAGGGUCAUUUGUUUCGAACACUUUCAAAUGCUAGACUAACAUUCGAAGAAUUAUCGACAGCUCUAGUGGAAAUUGAAGCUGUUAUGAACUCUCGUCCGAUUUCACCAACGUCAUCAGACCCUAACGACUUAGAGGCUCUUACUCCGUGGCAUUUCCUGAUUGGCUGUCCUCUAAAACAUAUCCCUGAAAGAACCAAUUUUAACUCUGACAUCUCUAGUAUUCAACACUGGCAAAUAAUAACAGCUGUUAAGUCUCACUUUUGGGAUAGAUGGCAUAAAGAAUAUUUGGCUCAAUUACAACAACGUUCCCGAUGGCGAAAACCUCAACAAAAUCUCAAGGUUAAUAAUAUGGUGGUAGUGCAUGAAGAUAAUAUACAUCCGAUGAAAUGGGUUAUUGGUCGUGUCACAAAUGCUGUUCCAGGUGCAGAUGGUUAUGCUCGAGUUGCCGAUGUGAGAACUUCAACCACUACCCUUCGCCGCCCCGUUGCUAAAUUGGCGAUUCUACCUGUUGAUUGA